GGGCUGGCUUCGUCUGGGACUUGGCCUUGGCCGCCGCCGAGCGGCCGAUGCCCGCGGGGCCCGUCGGCGGGACGGGCGGAGUGCGCGCGGACGGACGACGAGGAGGACGAACAUUUUGAACGCCGCUCUGGGGAGGUUUCGCAUUCUUUAGUUAAAAAAAAAUAAUGACGGAAUAUUUUCAAAAUUUGACCGGCCCCAGUCCUUCCCCCCGGCCCCACCACAGCCGCCCUCUUUCCUCCCUGUGUGCUCGAAGCCGCGGGCAGAGCCGCGCUCCCCAGGCCCCGCGUGCCGCGGCGCCCCCGCCCCCGCGCGCCCCGCGCUCGCGCCCGCGCCCCGCGGCGACGCCGCGCCCAGAGCUCGCGUUCCCGGCUCGGACGGCGCGACCGCGGCGGCUGCCCGCUCCUCCUCCAGCCGGCUGGUCCUUUAGCCUCCCCCAGGAAUGUCUCCCCAGUGAAAGGGCAGAGCCUGAGGUGAGAGCCGCACCAGUGGACGCUCCAGCCAGCGCUGAAGUUCAAACACAGCCAUCACCUGAAGACCCCUCUCCUGCUCAGCAACACACCCAGAUGCAGUUCCGGCCCCUAGAACUCUCACAACAAUGGCAUUUUUUUUUUCCAGAAACAGACAAACUUAAUAAUGUCAUCUAGAUUUUUAAUGAGCCAAAGACUUUUCCUUCCUCAUUUGUAUUCCUCUGCUUGCAUUUAAAUUUAGUGUGAUACUCAUUUUUAAAAUCCUUCCUAAUAUAAAUAUGCUUAUUAA